GACACAGCGAACUCGACACUGUCCCGCCAACAGAGAGGGAAAUUUAAACACACUCACCGCCCCCGCCAACACAUUGCUAUUCACACUCGCCAUUCUGCGCUAUUAUACGCUGAUGAUCGUUGAUCCCUGGAUCUGUCUGAUGGCAUCAUGGACCCCACAGUGAUCCAGACUGGAGAGGUGCCGCUGGUGGUGGUGGUUAGUAGUGUGGUCACUCUGUGUUUGCUGGUGAUCACUACACUGUGGAUGUGCUGGAAGAUGAAGGCGGGGCUCAGCAGCCAAUCAGACGAGAGUGAUGACACAGACGAGUUGAAACCCCCUGAAAAUGAUUUGCCCACAGAAACACCCCAAACAGAGGAUUUUGAGCUGCCUCAGGACGAUCAGGACGAACCGCCGGACGAAGACAAUAACGAAGAAGAACCUGAAGAAGAAGAUAACGACAGUUGAAGCAGUGUGUGUUCUAGGGCGUCACAUCAAUGUCAAAAGUCAGGGGAGCAAAAACAACAGGUGAAAAAAAUUAACCAGCAUGUUUUAACAUUUUGUGCAUAUAAAUGAACUUCUUUUUCUCCUCUCGGGUUUUUUUUUCUCUCGAAUUCACAGUUCUCCUCCUACUGUUGUUUUUGCGCUCAAGUUUUUUUGACAGUUGACAGGGUCGCCUCCCUCAGCAAAUGCUAUUGGCUGAUAUCUCUAGGGUUUGUGACGGACCACCUACUAACAACAGCUGGAAGAGUUAGCUAACUGGCUAUGCUAACAUCCAAACAACCCGCUCUCCGGCACGCCGACUCUGUCUGCCUGGGUUAGCUCCUCGAGUGACCGUCUAUCAGCCAAUAGCAUUCGCUGAGGGAGGCGACCCUGACCCCGCCCCCAAACUGUCAAAACCACCCCUUUCAAAACUAGAGCACAAAAAACUCACUCGAGUGAAAACAGCAGCACGAGGUAAACUGUGAAUUUGUGAGGAAAAAGAACACCCGAGAGGAGAAAAAUGAUGCUCGAGAGAGAUAUUCUAUUCAGCGCGCACACGAUUCCCUUUUUUUUGCUCGCGAGUUUCACAUUUGUGCUCACGAGAAGUACAUUUACACACUCAACAUGUUAAAACACGCUG